AUGACGAAUCAUGCUUACGCCUCGGAUAACGUAGGCGUCAUUGCCGAUCCGAACAUCUUCCCAAUGAUGUUCGCGGGGCCCUUAGGGCCGUCAUGCGCACACUUUCACGGGAUACCCACUCCGUUCUUGCCUGUGGCUCCGAACACCAUUGUGAACCCUUACCAAAUUAACUUCGGAGAUUGCAGGAAUUCUUCACAAGGAUGGAAAGAUAAGGGCGGGCAGCGGCGAGCGGUUACUUCGUCGUAUAGAAAAAACGUGCCAGAUGCGCGAGUGCACCGAGGAAGGCCGUAUCGGCCACCCGGCGCAACAGCUCUCAGAGCAGCGUUGUUUAUCGAAUACGCAAAGUCCGAUUUCCACCUCGUUGAAAGCGACCUUGAAGAACUAUUCAGUCACUUCGGAGGGGCAUCCAAAAUUGACGUAAAAAAUGAUGUUGCCGCUGCCGAGGUUACACUAGCCGACGGCGCCGCAGGCCGUGCCGCCAUAGAGGAGCUCAACGGCCUCAACAUACCCAAUGUAGGCAUACUGCGCUGUGUCGAACUGCACGGCGGAGAGACUCUCGAUCGCGCCUUGUCGAAGGCGCAGCUGUUUGAACAGAGGCAGUCCGCCAAACCAUACAACGCGCCCCGAGGAGCCGAUGCGAGGGUUACGCACACGAACGCCGCCUCAGACACAAAAUGUAAGAGGGUCGCGCGCCUGGAACUCAUCGAGCUAUUCACAUACGAGCCCGAGUUCAACGUCACCGCAACCAUCCUGGGACCAAACAACAACAACAUUAAGUUCAUAAUGCGAAACUCCGGGGGGAAUGUCGAUAUCGCAAUCACAGGAAAACCGCUCAACUCAGCCCCCGUAUGUGAACGCCUGCACAUAUCCGUAUCGUCGCGCGAUUACCCAGCCUACCUAAAGGCACUAGAUAUGCUGGAAGACCUACUCACCACGGUAUGUGAAAAGUUCGUCGAAUUCGUCCGCUCACGCGGCAAAGUCGUUUCAAACCUCGUUGGCUUCAAGCGCCACGAGUACCAGGAAAUAAAUGGCAACCUCGAAUACAAAGGUGUCACAGAAAAAUGGAAGUCCUGGCUAAACAAACGUUGCAACGCUUCCCCCUACAAGACAAACAACGUUAACCGCCCGCCCAGUAAAAGGGUCAACGAUCGUAGUCGGGGUAUCAGCAGGACGCCACCCGUGCCGAAGUCAAACAUGAGGUCCGUAAAGUGA